CUCAUCAUUCAUACAAUUAGCAAUUCUCUAAGAAAAAAUAUCUGCAAAGAAAAAUGUCGGAAACCAACAAGAAUGCCUUCCAAGCCGGUCAGGCCGCUGGCAAAGCUGAGGAGAAGAGCAAUGUUCUGCUGGACAAGGCCAAGGAUGCUGCUAACGCUGCUGGAGCAUCCGCUCAACAAGCUGGAAAGAACAUAUCGGAUGCGGCAGCCGGAGGCGUUAACUUUGUCAAGGACAAGACCGGCAUGAACAAGUAGCGAUUCCAAUCGAAUCAAAAUUUGGGAGUUAAUUAUAAUUUCCCUUUUUCUAAUUAAUUGUUGGGGAUCUUAAAUAAACGUGGGAGUUCUAUCAAUUGAUUCUCAUGAUAUUCACAUCUCGUACUUGUUGUUGCUGAUGUUGUUGUUUUUAAAUUAGUCUUGUAAUGUUUUUAAUGUUUGAUCUCCCCUUUAGGUGUAUGUUUGGAUCUACUUUAUGUAUUUUAGCGUCCGAUUGAUCAGCAACACCUUCUUUUUAUGUUCCAACAACUUAAUCUCUUAUCUUUAUUUAAAUGCACUUGACGCU